AUGAAGAUGAAACGGGAGCCAGUCAAUCGACAUAUCAACUUCCGCCUUCGCGACAUUCAGGUAUUCGGGACACACGAGGGUGGUACGCUGUAUGCAGGGUCGAUUUAUAGGGAACUCGGGGGCCACAGGGGUGGUGCGCGGUAUUCAGGGGCGGUUUAUGGGGAACUUGGGGGCCACAAGGGUGGUGCGCGGUAUUCAGGGGCGGUUUAUAAGGAACUCGGGGAACACAAAGGUGGUGCGCGGAUAUCAGGGGCGGUUAAUGGUAUACUCAGGAUGCACGAGGGCGGUGCGCGGUAUUCAGGGCCGAUUAAUGGGGUACUCGGGGCACACGAGGGUGGUGCGCGGUAUUCAGGGACGGUUAAUGGGGUACUCGGGACACACGAGGGUGGAGCGCGGUAUUCAGGGACGGUUAAUUGGGUACUCGGGACACACGAGGUUGGAGCGCGGUAUUCAGGGACGGUUAACUGGUUACUCGGGACACACGAGGGUGGUGCACGGUAUUCAGGGGCAGUAAAUGGGGUACUUGGGACACACGAGGGUGGAACGCGGUAUUUAGGGGCAGUAAAUUGGGUACUCGGGACACACGAGGGUGGAGCGCGGUUUUCAGGGGCAGUAAAUGGGGUACUCGGUACACACGAGGGUGGAGCGCGGUAUUCAGGGACGGUUAAUUGGGUACUCAGGACACACGAGGUUGGAGCGCGGUAUUCAGGGACGGUUAAUUGGUUACUCGGGACACACGAGGGUGGUGCGCGGUAUUCAGGGGCAGUAAAUGGGGUACUUGGGACACACGAGGGUGGAGCGCGGUAUUCAGGGGCAGUAAAUGGGGUACUCGGGACACACGAGGGUGGAGCGCGGUAUUCAGGGGCAGUAAAUGGGGUACUUGGGACACACGAGGGUGGAGCGCGGUAUUCAGGGGCAGUAAAUGGGGUACUCGGGACACACGAGAGUUGUGCGCGGUAUUCAGGGGCGGUUAAUGUUGUACUCAGGACACACGAGGUUGGAGCGCGGUAUUCAGGGACGGUUAAUUGGUAA